AUGCGUCUGAAAACAGUCCCGACCGCCUCGCACAUUCUUGGACACUUCAGCAGCCGCUGGCUCCGUGCCGGGCCAAGUUCGGGACAUGGGUGCCGGAGCUUUUCAUCGUCAAGCUGGAAGCUGUCGAAUGAGAGGAAGUGGUCAACACCUCUAGCCAAGCAGCUUUAUGAAGCCAUCUCGACCACUGGCCCCGUUCCUCUUGCAAGCUAUAUGCGCAUGUGCCUCACCGGCGAUGUGGGAGGUUACUACAGCGGCGCCAUUGGGCAGUCCCGCGACCAGUUUGGAACCAAGGGUGACUUUAUCACCUCGCCCGAAAUCUCGCAAAUCUUUGGCGAGCUUAUCGGCAUCUGGCUCGUCGCCGAGUGGACCAGCCAGGGGCGUCCUGAACGGGGCGUCCAGAUCAUCGAAGUCGGCCCAGGACGUGGCACGCUGAUGAACGAUGUUUUGCGGACCAUUCAGAGGUUUCCUCCCAUGGCCAACGCUGUCGAGUCCAUCUUCAUGGUCGAAGCCAGCCGCGAGCUCAGGGAGGCCCAACGGAGGCUGCUCUGUGAACCAGUCACGCCCGCGAACGUGUCUGAAGUCGGCCAUGGAGGCACCAGUAAGCAUCUGGGCAAACCUAUUGUUUGGACAGAGACGAUGAAAUCGAUCCCCAAAGAGUCGGAUAAGGUGCCUUUCAUUUUGGCCCAUGAAUUUUUUGAUGCCCUGCCCAUUCACUCUUUCCAGUCGGCGCCGGCAUCGCCCGCGUCAGUGUCCCCGGAGCCAUUGCCAGAGUCCCGGAGUAGCCAGACGCAAAAGUCGGAUGAUGACAGCCGGCUCGCCAUGGAGUGGCGCGAGAUGAUGGUUUCGCCGACUCCUCCAGCAGCCAUCAAGCCCACCAGCACAUCAUCUACUGCCUCGGGCAAAGACGAUCCUGAUCCGGAAUUUCAGCUGACCCUGUCCUCUGGCACGACGAGACAUUCACGAUACCUGCCAGACUCGUCUCCCAGAUAUCGGGGACUGAAGCAGACGCGUGAUGCCGUUGUCGAGAUCUGCCCUGACGCAUCGCUGUUUGCCGCCGACUUUUCCCAACGCAUUGGGGGCUCCACGAAGCACCCCAAGGCAAACCCGAGCGGUGCCGCAUUGAUUAUUGACUAUGGCACCUCCAAUACCGUCCCCAUCAACUCCCUCCGAGGCAUCCGGCACCACCGCCUUGUCAACCCGCUUUCCUUGCCCGGACUUGUCGACCUCAGCGCCGACGUUGAUUUUACAGCCAUUGCGGAGAGUGCAACCCUCGCCAGUGAUGGGGUAGAAGUGCACGGCCCGGUUUCGCAAGGCGAUUUCCUCGAGCACAUGGGCAUUCGUGAGCGGGCCAACAUGCUCACCAAGGUCGUAUCCAAGGACGUUGCUGAAAAUAUCGACAAGUCCUGGAAACGUCUGGUUGAUCGUGGCCCGAACGGCAUGGGGAGGGUGUACAAGGUGCUUGCCAUCUUGCCUGAGAAUGACGGCCGCCGGAGACCGGUUGGAUUCGGAGGGGAUGUCGGAACGUGA